AUGGAUGGUCCCUACAGCAGCAAUGAGGUACUAGCAGCAGUCAAAAGCGCCGAUAGAGUGUGUCUGAUUGCUGGUGGCAGCGGCGUGGCUGUGACCUAUCCUUUCGCCUGGGCACGUGAAGCUCCAAGACAUUCAGCAUCUGACAUACUCCAUGACAGGAAGCUUUACGUUGAUGGCAAGAAACGUAUACCUGAGGUCAAGCGCAUCAGUUCGUCAGACCAAUCUCGUCUGGCGCAUUUUUGGAUUCGUCAAGAUGCUCGCCACGAGAGUUGGAUUACUGUGCUCCCGAAUACAAUGACUAACGCCGUCUCUAGCAACGCUUCUGAGCAUUGCCACAAUGUUGGACGUGCUGUCGAUCUCAUCACCCAUCGCUUUGAGACUCGAAGCGCUACUGGCGAUCAUCAAAGGCCGGACAUUCAAGCUGAGCUCGAAGCGUGGAUCAAAGGCGAUCUGAAGCAAAAGAUUGACCAGAAGCAAAGCAUAUGUGUUGUCAACACCGUCGCUCGCCUGGUUGCAGAAGGUUGGAAGCUGCAAGUUCAUGUCGAGAAGUUUGGGUGGUAA